GAUAAAUAUUCAAUGUAGGGACUUUAACUAGCCACAUUGGGGAAAAUACCAUAAGACAUAUUGGUAACAAGUCGCCUAGUAGUGUGUGCAAGUGUAGUCAUGGCUGUCUGACAAAACAUUCGAAAUAACAAGAAUUAAUGUGGUAGUUGCUUAUCAAAGGUAUCAUGCCGUGUUUUUUACGAAGUGUAACAUUGCCCUGAUUCAAAAUUCAAGGAGUUUAUUGCCGACAUAGCGUGUACGCUUUUAUUCAAAUCCACGUACUUUGGAGUGUACUUUGUAGAUAUCGUUGAGGGAUAAUAAUAAAUAAGUGGAUAACAGUUGUGUGGUGAGGAAGGAAGUACGGAAGGCGCAGCGAGCGUGAGGCUGCAAAAUUCUUCUUUGAAAUCUUGUUAAAACGAACGUCGCGUCUGACGACCACCGACGAUCGAUUACGCAAGAUGACCAUUCUGUCGAAGAAGAAGACGAACGCCUCAAAAGAUAGACGAGAAGGAGGCAGCACUUCCGAAGUCGAUGUUCAUGGAGUGCAAAAUGAGCAUAACUCUGGGUCCAUCACACUACCAAAUAGCCCGUAUCAGGUACGUGCAGCGAACGGUUUCGCGGUCGAUCUUCAUGGGGUUCAAUCUGAUCAUGGAUCUGGUUCUAUCGUUCUUACUGGAAGUUCGUACGAGACAAGCGUUGAUCGCCGUGAAGAUAAACACUUUGAAGAAGCGAGUGGCCCAAGUCAUGGCAAACGUCAUAGACAACGAGCAAGUCCCCAUAGGUAUGCACUACGAACAAAAUAUGUGAUCAACAAUGAUUUAAUUUGUAUUGGAAGAAAUUCACGUUCAAAACGUGAAAGAGAAAGAGACAGAGGUAGAGAGAGAGAAAGAGAGAGGGAAAGAGAACGCGAAAGACAAGCUACACCUCCAGCUGCUUCCUGCAGUGGCUUACAAGAGAUAAUAAAUGGUAUAAUUUAUUUAGCUACGGAUGCUGGCAUAAUAGCUAAUAAUCGAAUGGCUAUUGUUGGAGCUGCAGCAAAUUUAGAACAUGAAUUAGCUAAUGGUUAUAAUAGUGGGGAUGAAUAUACUGGCAGAACUGGAAAUAAUCUUACCUUGGCUGAAUGGCAAGAGCGAGAUAGGUGGUUUGAAAAACGAAUGCGGAAAAUGGGAUUUAUUGUGAAAAAAAUGGGUGAAGAUGGAGCAUGUCUGUUCAGAGCUGUUGCAGAUCAAGUUUAUGGUGAUCAAGAAAUGCAUGGUGUAGUAAGGAAGCAUUGCAUGGAUUAUAUAGCUUCCAAUCAAGAAUUUUUUUCUCACUUCGUAGCGGAAGAUUUUAGCACGUAUGUAGAUAGGAAACGACAAGAAUAUGUACAUGGAAAUCACAUAGAAAUGCAAGCAAUGUCGGAAAUGUAUAAUCGUAGCAUUCAGUUAUAUUGCUACAGCAAUGAACCAAUCAAUAUCUUCCAUACAAUGGUUGAAAGUGAUAACGAACCGAUACGAUUGUCUUAUCAACGUGGUAGUCAUUAUAAUAGUAUAGUAGACCCAUAUAAAGCUACAGUUGGUGUUGGACUCGGCCUACCAUCAUACAAUCCUGGUGCUGCAGAUCGACAACUGAUAUCAGACGCAGUUCGUCAAAGCGAAGAGUUGCAUAUCGAACAGACGAUGCUGGAAGAUAAAAUAAAAGCAACGGACUGGGAAGCAACGAACGAAGCAAUAGAGGAACAAGUUGCCAGAGAAAGUUAUUUGCAAUGGUUAAGAGACAACGAGAUGCGGAAAGCGCGAUCAGCUAGUAGUAGCAGUACAAGUACGGUGACCAGCGCACAACACAGUCACGCUCAUUUUCAUCCUCAUGGUGGUCGUGGACAGCAACGUCAUACAUCUUCUCCAACCACGACCCAAACUAGCCAAGAUAAUUUACGAAAUUCUCCGAAGGUAAACGAUUCGGUAAGAUACAACAAAAGGUCGCCUCAACAUCAGUCAACCCAAGGAUCUACCAUACCUCACCUUACCUCGGAUUUCGAAUCUAAAAUUUCUCAAGAACCUAUGCCAGGCAGCAGUAAAGAAGCCCGUGCAUCGCCAGAUAUCUCGUUGUUUAAUCGUCUUCCUCCCGAAGUAUUCGGUAAGACGACUAAAAUGAUGUGUUUGACCGAUUGGGAGGACAGUGAUAUACUUUCACAAGUUUUGGCGACGUCGCAGCAAGAAUACUUGGACAGUCUGAAACAAUCACGGAGUUCUGCCACCUCCGGCAAUGAUGCUAACAAUAUAUUAGAUUCCAGUAACAGUUAAUUUUUAAAACCGUUAUCGAUAAUGUUCGGAGGAAUACUGAAGUAAAAGUAUAUGCAUUUUUAUGCAGUGUUUUUCAUAGGAUGUGAUAUAUCCGAAAAAAUAAGAUAGUUCUAAAUCAAAAAAUGAAGCAAUUCUUAGUGUUAUCACAUGAUCAUUAAUCGCUAAAGGUCAUUGAUAAUUUUGUUGAAUGCAUGCCUAAUAAACUUUUAAUUACUAGUAGCAAAUCGUAUCGUGUCGACUUUUAUUAAGAUUGCAUAUAUAAAAUUAGAUUUAAAUUCUCAAGUAUAGGUAUCCAGGAGAAUGGUUUGACUGUCAUUUUAUGAUGCCUCAUUGUAAACUAUUUACACAGUGAUUUAUUAUAAUAUGAAACCAUAGAAAUACCUCGUUUUAUUCGCAAAAGUAGAUAACUUAUGGAAUUAUUUAAGUUUAUUAAGGAUGCAUCUGAUGUCUGCCAUUAGUAAUAAUAAAAUGUAAUCGAUACAAAUGAUCAGGUAAAAGCAUCAAGAAUUGUUUUGUUUUUAGUUUAAAGGUUUUUUGUUUGAUAGGUACUGUGCAUCUUAUGGGAUACUCUGUACAUAGUGCAGUAUCAUCUAAUUCUGCAUUACAAUAGGGUAUAAGGUGGUUUGCUUUUUUUUCCAUGGAAAUAAAUGUUCAGUGAGCAUUAAUCAUCGUUCGGUUCCUCUCUGGGAUUCUCGAUGUAUAAAAGGGUACUCUAAAAAUGGUACAUACAUCGUUCUUACGUGCACUAUUUGAACACUAGAGUAGCCAUAUUAUUUUUGUCUGCAGUGUUUCACCUCACCAGUGUCAUGAUGUUUUGUACAAUCAAUUUCAAAGCAAAAGCAGAAAGCAAUUCUUUUUCAGUCAUUAUUAUAUAUAUUAAAUUUCUUGCGUGUUUCUGGAUGCAAUGUAUACUAUCAAUGUUUAUGCAAACCAUGCAAUCCGAUCUGGAUAACUACGUAAUUAUACCUUUUUCGUGGUACGAUAUGAUGCAUCUUAAACGCUUUAGGAAAAAUCUUUAUUGCGUUAUUUGUAAAAAAAAGACAAAUAAAACUACUACAAUGUAAUUUAA